AUGUUCCGCGGCAACCCUAGGGCAACCGCGAGCAACGAGCUGCCGAUCGAGAGCGUGGUGAGGGUGAAGAAGGUGGAGAGGAUCGAGGCGAACAACCUCGCCACCAAGCCGUCACAAACGGCGACAGCCAAGGUGAACAGGAGCCUGACCGUCAGCGUUAUCCGUGUCAGGGAUGUGGAUGAAAUGCCCGACAGCUUUGUCUCGGUGCCUAUUGCGCAUAGCUAA